GCCAGCUCCGGGCGGCCGGGCGCAGGCGGAGGUACCCUGGGUGUUGACAGCAGAUGGCCGGCAGGAGGCCUCGGGCAGGCUCCGAUCGGCCCUAGGCCAGCUGAGCGUCCGAGCCAGCAUGGCCCAGCCACUGCCCUUUGUGCUGGAUGUUCCUGCGGAGGCUGAGAAUCCCGACCUGGAUCCCAGCCCCUACGAUGAGCGCGAGGUGCAUGUUUUGUUCCACCAGCUCAUCCAGGAGCAGAGCCUGCUGGCGGCCCAGGAGGGCCUGGAGCUGCAGGAAAGGCAGGCGGUGGCCACAGCUGCAGGCAGUGCAUACCAGAACUUGCUGGGGGCCGAGGGGACUGUGGCACACAGCACGGCCACUCUGCGGAUCCUGGCCAGCAUGCCCAGUCGGACCAUUGGCCGCAGCCGAGGUGCCAUCAUCUCCCAGUACUACAACCGCACGGCCCAGCGGCGCUGGCGGCGUGGGAGCAGCCGACCCCUGCUCGGGGACCUGGUCCCCUCGGCCCGGCCCAGCCUCCGCCUGCGUGACCUGGAGGUGGACUCAUCGGCCCAGGAGGAGGAGAAGCGGAGUCUGCUGGUGCAGGAGCUGCAGGGCCUGUCAGGUACCCAGCGGGACCAGCUGCUGCGGGGCAUGCCGCUGAGCCUGGCUGAGAAGCGCAGCCUGCGAGAGAAGAGCCGGGCGCCCAAGGGCCGGCGAAGUCGCGCUGGGAUGUUGGCCUGCUGCGGCCAGCUCAGGGACACGGUCAUCCUGGCCUGGCACAGCCUGGGGCUGGUGCUGCUUGCCGGCCUGCAGGCCCUGGUGCCCUGGCGCGACGCGCUGAAGCAGAUCGGCGGCCAGUUCGGCUCCAGUGUGCUCUGCUACUUCCUGUUCCUCAAGACGCUGCUGGGCCUGAACUUGCUGCUGCUGCCGCUGCUGCUGGGCCUCCUGGUGGGCGUGCAGGCUGCCUUCCCGCCGCCGCCUGCCGCCACCAGCACCUUCACUGGCCUGGAGCUGCUCACGGGUGGGGGCCGCUUCACGCACACGGUCAUGUACUAUGGCUACUACAGCAAUGCCACCCUGAACCAGCCCUGUGAGGCCCCUGGGGCCGGGCGCCAGUGUGCCCCCGGGGCCGGGAGCCUGCCCUACAACAUGCCCCUGGCUUACCUCUUCACCAUGGGCGGGGCUUUCUUUGUGAGCUGCAUCACCCUGGUGUACAGCAUGUCCCGCUCCUUCGGGGAGAGCUACCGUGUGGGCAGCACCUCCAGCGUGCACGCACUCACCGUCUUCUGCUCCUGGGAUCACAAGGUGACCCAGCGGCGGGCCUCCCGCCUGCAACAUGACACCCUCCGCACACGGCUCAAGGAGCUGCUGGCCGAAUGGCAGCUGCGGCAGAGUCCGCGGAGUAUGUGCGGGAAGCUGCGGCGCACCUGUGUGCUGGGGCUCGUGUGGCUGCUGUGCCUUGGAGCCACGCUGGGCUGCUGCAUGGCUGUGCUGGUCUUCUCGGAGGUGCAGAGCCAGGUGGCUGAAGACCAGGAAGUGGCCCUGCUGGCACUGCCCCUGGUGGUCUCUCUCCUCAACCUCUGUGCUUCCUACCUGUUCCGCGGCCUGGCCGCCCUGGAGCACCUGGACUCCCCGGCGCUGGAGGUGUAUGUGGCUGUCUGCAGGAACCUGAUCCUGAGGAUGACUGUUCUGGGUGUCCUCUGCUACCACUGGCUGGGCCGCCGCGUGCCAACCCUGCAGGGCCGCUGCUGGGAGGACUUUGUGGGUCAGGAGUUGUACCGGUUCAUGGUCAUGGACCUGGCCUUCACGCUGCUGGACUCGCUACUCGGGGAGCUGGUGUGGAGGCUCAUCUCUGAGAAGCGGCUCAGCCGGAGGAAGCCCGAGUUUGACAUUGCUCGGAAUGUUCUGGACCUGAUUUAUGGGCAGACUCUGAUCUGGCUGGGGGUUCUCUUCUCGCCGCUCCUCCCCGCCGUGCAGGUCCUGAAGUUGCUACUGCUCUUUUACAUCAAGAAGGCCAGCCUCCUGGCCAACUGCCAGGCUCCGCGGCGGCCGUGGCUGGCGUGUCGCAUGAACACCGUCUUCUGCACAUUGCUCUGCUUCCCGUCCUUCCUGGGUGCCGCCAUCUUCCUCUGCUAUGCCGUCUGGCAGGUGAGGCCUUCCAGCACGUGCGGUCCCUUCCGCACCCUGGCCAGCAUGUAUGAGGCGGGCACAGUGUGGGUGCAGCACCUGGAGCGUGCAGGCCCCGGGGUGUCCUGGCUGCCCUGGGCGCAUCAUUACCUGGUGGAGAACACCUCCUUCCUCUUCCUGCUGUCUGCCCUGUUGCUGGCGGUUAUCUACCUCAACAUCCAGGUGGUGAAGGGCCAGCGCAAGGUCAUCUGUCUCCUCAAGGAGCAGAUCUCCAACGAGGGGGAGGACAAAAUCUUCUUGAUCAACAAGCUCCAUUCCGUCUACGAGAAGAAGGAGAGGAGGGCCGCUGGAGCCGAGGAGCCUGUGUCGCCCCGGGCCCCGAUCGCGGAUGGACGGGCCACUGCCUGCUGGAAUGGCUAGUGUCUCAGGCACCCUCAGCACCCAAGUGCUCUCAGCCCACCAGGCUGGUCAAGUGACUGCCUUCCCUGCCAGCCCUGCCAACUGCAGUCUGGAGCCCAGGGGUGGGCACCCCAGGGACUCGACCCUGCUUGGGACUGUUUAUUCUUCUUAAAUGGGCUUUUCUAAUGA